GCGAAGUUCUCUACAUCACAAACAUGUUUUACAUAAUAGUUUCGUUAAUAGUUCUCUUUUUGUUAUACGGUGUAAGAAAUUUCGGAUAUUGGAAGAAACGUGGUAUAAAACAUGACAUACCUUUACCCUACGUUGGGAAUAACUUGAGGAACUUUUUACAAAGAAGCAGUAUAGCCAUGAUGGCAACGGAGUUGUACAAGAAAUAUCCCAAUGAGAAAGUUGUAGGUUUCUAUAGAAGCACCGAGCCUGAGCUUCUGAUAAGGGAUCCUAAUUUAGUGAAAAGAAUAUUGGUUACCGAUUUCCAGCACUUUUAUGCCAGAGGAUUUAAUACACAUAAAACGGCAAUUGAACCACUAUUAAAAAAUUUGUUUUUCGCUGACGGAGACUUGUGGCGUUUGAUAAGACAGCGGUUUGGUACAGCUUUUAGUACAGCUAAAAUUAGGGCGAUGUUUCCAUUUAUAACGGAGAGGGCAGAGAAGCUCCAAUUAUUGGCAGAAGAGGUUGAAUCUCUGGAAUAUUAUGAUGUGAGAGAGCUGAUGGCACGGUACACUACCGAUUUUAUUGGCGCUUGUGGCUUCGGUAUAAAUAUGGAUUCUCUGAAUAAUGAAAAUUCGGAAUUUAGAAGACUUGGAAAAAGAAUAUUCUAUAGGACACCUAGAGAUGCUAUUGCCGCUGCUCUGAAAUUCAUGUUCCCUGAGCUAUUUAAAAAUAUACAUUUAUUGGCACCAGAUCUAGAGAAAUCAGUUAUUGGUUUAGUGCGACAUAUUCUACAAGCACGAAACUACACGCCUUGUGGUAAUAAUGACUUCAUAGAUUUAUUGUUGGAAUUAAAGGAGAAGGGAAAUGUUUCUGUAGAAUCUUUAGAAGAAAGGGAUGAAAAUGGUGUAGCAAAGGUAGUUGAGCUAAAACUUGAUGACUUGUUACUCACUGCGCAAGUUUUCGUAUUUUUUGGCGCCGGUUUUGAAACGUCCUCAACAACUUCUAGUUAUACACUACACCAGCUAGCAUUUAACCCUGAUCAUCAAAGAAAAGUACAGGAGGAAAUUGAUAGAGUUCUUCUUAAACAUGGCAAUAAAAUAACAUACGAAUCUGUGAAUGAAAUGCAUUAUCUAGAGAAGGCAUUUUACGAAGCAAUGAGAAUGUAUCCUGCGGUUGGAUUUUUAAUCAGAAAAUGUACUACUCCGAACUACACGUUCCCUGAAUUAGGACUGACUAUCGAUGAAGAUGUGAAAGUUAUUAUUCCAAUUCAAGCUUUCCAUAGAGAUGAAAAAUAUUUUUAUGAGCCAGAUGUCUAUAAUCCUGAUAGAUUUACUAGUGCCCAAGAUUUAAAAACUAAUUAUUUCAUGCCGUUCGGAGAAGGACCGCGAUCUUGCAUUGCUGCUAGACUAGGAAAAGUCCUAGCCAUGGCCGGCAUAGCUGCCGUUCUUCAGAAGUUCAAUGUAGAGCCCUGCGAGAAAAGUGUAUUGGAACCUCUCCCGGAUCCAAUGGCCAUAGUUUCUGAAGGUUUCAUCGGUGGAUUACCACUGAAACUGAGAAAGAGAGAAUCAGUGCCGUGAAUUGUGAUUACUUUGGGAUUGUUAAAAAUAUUGGACACUUAGAAUAGUCAGUUUUAUUCAGCUUUGAUUAUCUUCUGAUGUAACAAAAACCAAUUAUAAUUACGUGGAAAGGUAUCGAAGAAAAAUAGCACGAACUAAUAAAAAGUGUAAGACUUGUUGAGCGAUGGCUAAGGAAGGAAAUAAUUGACUUACCUGGUAUUCAUC